AUGGCCACUCUUCGCACCGUGUUCAUCCUCGCCUUGGUCCUCGUCUCUCUCCCCGCACUCUAUGCCGCGUCCGCGCCAAUGCGGGGCGGCGUCGCUACUGCUGGAAGCGCAGGCGUGGACGCGGCGAGGUGGGGCCGCAAGCUGCUGGACCAGCAGGGCGGCGAGGAGGAGGAGGUGGGGGAGAUGACGGAGGACGGGCUUGACGAGGCGGUGCGGGUGCUGCUGAGCUGGAAGAAGUUCAAGAACGCGGUGAAUCAGGCGGCGAAGAGCGAGGCGGGGCAGAAGGCGGGAGGGUUGGUGAAGAAUGUGGUGAAGAAGGGCGGCAAGGAGGCGCUCACGGCUGCAGUCAACGCGUACCGCAGCGGCAAGGGCGCCAAGGGUGCCCUGCAGGCGGGCGCUGGCUCGUUCCCCCUUUCAGUGAUGGUCGGGUUUCUGCAGGGUAACCCAGUGAGCCACUGGAGCGGGGGAGUCAACCUUGUGGAAGCCCCAUUCACCGCUCUGCACCCCUGCAUCCGGCCUUGCCUCUCCAUGUUCCCAACAGCUGUUGCCACCGCUGCCAGUGAGGAUCUGGCUCCUGCAGGGCAACUGAGUGAGCCAUUGGGAGUCAACCUGUGGAUGGCUCCUGCUGUGAAGCAAGGGGACAUUCUUGUCGUCCAGUGGUUCACCGAGACGCACGACGUGCAGCGCUUCAAGAACAUAUUUGCCUCCAAGGCCUGCUCCUUCUUCAGCGCCAUGCCGCUCACAUCUGCCUCGCAGUUCGGCAUGCGGCUCUUCCAAGUCAAGCCCGCCCAUGCCGGCAAGACUGCUAUUCCCUGCUACUCUCGAGAAUCCAUCGCGGCAGUAACCAUGGCUACUCUUCGCACCGUGUUCAUUCUCGCAUUGGUCCUCGCAACACUUCCCGCACUCUACGCCGCGGCUGCGCCAAAGCAGCGGGGUGACGUUGCUGGGGGAAGCGCGGCCGUGGACGCGGCGAGUUGGGGCCGCAAGCUGCUGGAAGCGAGCGGCGGUAACCUGGACGUAGGUGGUGAGGAGGAGGAGGUGGGGGAGGCGACGGACGGGCUGGACGAGGCGGUGCGGGUGCUGCUGAGCUGGAAGAAGAUCAAGAACGCGGCGAAUCAGGCGGCGAAGAGCGAGGCAGGGCAGAAGGCGGGAGGGUUGGUGAAGAAUGUGGUGAAGAAGGGCGGCAAGGAGGCGCUUAUGGCUGCAGUCAACGCGUACCGCAGCGGCAAGGGCGCCAAGGGUGCCCUGCAGGCCGGCGCUGGCUCGUUCGUCAAGACCGCAAAAACGAUAAUUUAA